GUGUGUGUGUGUGUGUGUGUGUGUCAGAGAGAGUGUGAGUCUACAGUAUGAAUCAUGGCUCACAUCUACGCUCCAUCACAGUAGAGAUAAAAAGGCACACAGCAGCUCGGCAGCCUGUAAUGUGGAUGUAGUGGAAAAACACUGAAUAUUUCCUGAAGCACGCUCAUGAAACAGAGUUCUUUCUUCGUCAUCAUCUAAAUCGUCUUCAUCAUGUCAGUGAAGUCGGAAAAAAUGCAGAAAAAAUGGGCAGUACUGAAAAGUCAUCUGGGCUCAUCUCAAGACUCAGACUCAAGCACACAGGAGGCCAACUUAGAGAAUGCUGAACCUGAGCUGUGCAUCCGCCUGCUACAGAUGCCCACCGUGUUGAACUACUCUGGGCUGAAAAAGCGUCUGGAGGGCAGUGAUCAGGCAUGGAUGGUACAAUUUCUCGAACUAUCAGGCCUCGACCUGCUGUUGGAGGCCCUGGACCGUCUCUCAGGUCGUGGCUGCUCGCGCAUCACUGACGCACUGUUACAGCUCACCUGUGUCAGCUGUGUCAAGGCUGUAAUGAACUCAUCUAUAGGGAUCCAUUUCAUAAUGGAGAAUGAGGGCUAUGUGCGUAAGCUCUCACAAGCUCUGGAUACGUCUAAUAUCAUGGUGAAGAAACAGGUGUUUGAGCUGCUUGCUGCACUUAGCAUUUUUGCUGCAGAGGGAUACAGAUUGGCCCUGGACUCACUGGACCACUAUAAGGCUGUAAAGAUGCAGCAGUAUCGCUUCAGCGUGAUCAUGAAUGAACUCCUGAACACAGAUAAUUUGCACUACAAGGUGACGCUGCUAAGUUUCAUCAAUGCGCUCAUCUUUAGCACCGAAGACCUGCGCCAAAGGGACAGGAUGCGCAAAGAAUUCAUUGGUUUGCAGCUGCUUGACCUCUUGCCGAAGUUGAGAGAGGAGGAGGAUGAAGACUUGAUCAUCCAAUGUGAGGCAUUCGAGGAAGCUAUGGCUGAGGAUGACGAUGAACUGUUGAGAAUUUAUGGAGGCAUUGAUAUGAGCAAUCACCAGGAUGUCUUCAUCACGCUGUUUAACAAAGUCAGUAGCUCCCCUGCAUCAUUGCAGCUGCUGUCCAUCCUACAGACUCUGUUGUUGUUGGGACCAGAGCGGGUAGAUAUCUGGCAGGCCCUGGAGGCUCUAACCAACCGUGCAGUCCUUCUGGCCCAGAACUCUCAAAUGGAUUCCUCCGAAGCGAUUAUGCAGCGGCUUGCUUUUUCCAAAGAUUUAUCUACUGGGUCUCAUCAUAGAGCUGCUCCACCUCCAAUGAAAGCAGAUAUCGCAAUUCAGACUGAGCUGAAUGAUGGGGAGAAAGAAUCUUUAAGAAUUGUACCAAUGGCCAAACAAGCAGCACCCCUAAGCUCCACAGAAAAGCCCUGCACCACACAACCUCCACCUCCAGUACUCAGUUCGGCUGCACCUCCUCCUCCUCCACCACCACCACCUCCACUGCCACCUUUACCAGGCAUGUGUGGUGGUCCUCCUGCACUACCAUUUUUACAAGGAAUGGCUGGUGUCCCUCCGCCACCUCCACCACCUUUACCUGGCAUGGCUGGUGUCCCUCCACCACCUCCACCACCUUUACCUGGCAUGGCUUGUGUCCCUCCACCACCUCCACCACCUUUACCUGGCAUGGCUGGUGUGCCUCCACCACCCCCUCCACCCUUUCCAGGGAUAGCACCGGGAGGCCCUCCUCCACCACCUCCACUACCUGGCAUGCAAUGCCCACCUUGCCCACCUCCUAUGGGAGGAGAUGUAAUAGUAGCCCACAAUGUUCAGUUUCUGGGGAGCGCUUACAGCAUGCCAGUGAAGACUGGUCCACAUCCCACACUUAGAAUGAAGAAGCUGAACUGGCAGAAACUAAACUCCAGAGCAGUCACUGGUUGCAAUAUAUGGGCUUCAGAUCAACAUGAAUCCCCUCUGGAACCCAACUUCACCAGCAUCGAGCAGCUCUUUAGUCUCCCAGUGGCUGAGCCUAAAGAGAAAGGUCCAGCUGCUCCUGCCAAGAAAGAACCCAAAGAAAUUUCCUUUAUUGAUUCCAAGAAGAAUUUAAAUCUGAAUAUAUUUCUCAAACAAUUCAAAUGCUCUAAUGAGGAAUUUGUGGACAUGAUUCAGAAAGGGAUCGGUCCAAGUUUGAUGUUGAGGUGCUAAAACAGCUACUGAAGCUCCUCCCAGAGAAACACGAGGUCGACAACCUAAACUCUUUCCAAGGAGAGCGAGACAAGCUUGCUAAUGUUGACAAGUUUUACCUGUCACUUCUCGCUGUUCCCUGCUAUCAACUAAGAAUUGACUGCAUGUUGUUGUGUGAGGAGACUGCGUCUGUGCUGG